AUGCUGGCCUCAUUGACCAGAACGCCUGCGUGCACGGCUUGGCAAGCAGCCAAGCGCCACGCCGCCUCUGCUUCCGUGCAUGUGCCGGAGGUUCUCAUCGCAUCGGGGGGAGGCAACAUCUCCAAGCUUAGUGGGGCUGUGGCCAGCAGGCUGCGUGAGGGACAAGUCGCGCGUCUGUCCGCGAUUGGUCCGCCAGCCCUUCACUCCGCUUUGCGCUCCCUUACGCUGUCGGGGCACUGGCUGAGCAAGGAGAAAGAGGACCAGGAAUUGCUGUUCGUCGCCGAACGGCAUGUCCAGAAGCAGGACCAGAACGAGUACAUUGAGAUGCGACUCGUGGCGGAGCUCUUACCGAAGUCGGGCCAGAAAGCACGCGAGGAGGUAGUUCCUAUUUCCCAGAAGACCAAUGUUGGCCAAGCGGCAGCGUUUAUGGCAUCUCGUUUGGCGGAGGAACCCGAUGUCACGCUUGCACUGCGGAGUGUUGGCGCGGUCGCAGGCAGUCAAGCCAUCAAGGCCUUGGUCAUCGCAAGAAAAUACGUCCAAAAAGCUCAUCCGGGAGAAGAUCUCGUGGUUUGUGCUCGCGAAGAAGCGAAAGCAAACAACAGCAUGGCUUCGAGAAGUAAUGCUGCGGCUUCGGAAUCCAAUGCCAAGCAGAUGGUUCUCGCCUGCCGUCGGCAGCCGGCAAGGGAGCGUUCGUCGCUCCAGUAA